AUGACUAUAGGAUUUUCCAUUGCAUUGAUAGUCUUUGUAUCCAUUUCUUCAGUUUUUUUGAUGAACGCUGAUGAUUUAAUAAUGAAAAAUACGAAUGACAAUAUUGAGCAUUUAAAGAACAUUGAUGAAAACGAUCAUGCAGAGAUAUACAGUGGUCAAACUGAAGGAGAUAUGGUUCUGACUCCUUUACAGAAAGAACUCUUGUAUAAAGGACCUAAACAUAGAACAGGUUUGGUCAAUUUAACUAGAAAAUGGACGAAUAAUGAGAUUCCUUAUAAGAUUGCUAAAGGAAAUUUUAGUUGGCUACAAGAACAAUUUAUAAUCCUUGCUACAAAGAAGCUAAUGGAAGUGUCCUGCAUCAAAUUUGUGCCUUAUGAUGAAGAUUAUCAUAAGAACUAUAUUUCCAUAGUCGGCCAAUUUGCAGGAUGUUUCUCACAAGUUGGGAUGAUUGGCGGGAGACAAAUACUAAACUUAGCACCAUCUGAAAUUGGAGUGGCCUGCUUCAAAUUCUACUCAAUAGUUCAUGAAUUAAUUCAUGCCCUUGGAUUCGCUCAUAUGCAUUGUGCCUCGGAACGUGAUGAAUAUAUUGAAGUUAUUGAGGAAAAUAUUUUGGCAAAUCAAUCGCAUAAUUUUCAAAAGUACAGCAAUAAUGUCAUUACUCAAUUUGGAAUCGAUUAUGAUUAUGGAUCUGUUAUGCAUUAUCCAGCAAAAGCUUUUUCGAAAAACAAUCAAUCGACACUGAUUCCUUUAAAGAGCUUAAAUGGAGUAGAGAUGGGGCAACGGCAAAGGUUGAGUGAUUCAGACAUAGCAAGAAUCAAUGCUAAAUAUUGUUAA